CCCGCGGCGGGGGCGUGGCCCCGGCAGCGGCGGGCGGCGAUUGGCUGGGGCGGCGGCGGCGGCGGCCAAUGGGGGCGGGCGGGGCCCGCGCGUGGCGGUGCUGGGCGGCGGGCGGCGCGGGCGUGCUCUGCCGGGCUGCGUCCGUGCCCGCCGCCUGCGCAUCCCUGCCUCCCUGCCUCCAUCCAUCCACCCACCCAUCCAUCCCUGCCUCCUCCGUCCCUCCCUGCCUCUGCCCGCUGCCUCCUGCCCGCCCGCCCGCCAGGCGUGGGAACUCCAUGGGCGAGACGGGCGCCGGGCGAGGCGCGGGGCGCGCUCCGGGCGCGCUGCUGCCGCGCCCCGCCGCCCGCCGCCUCCCCGAGGGCCGCCCGCGCCCCGCCGCCCCCGCCAUGAAGCGGGCGCACCCCGAGUACAGCUCGUCGGACAGCGAGGAGCUGGAUGAGGCCGUCGAGGUGGAGAAGGAGAGCGCAGACGAGAAUGGGAACCUGAGCUCGGCCGCGGGCUCCAUGUCUCCCUCCACCAGCUCGCAGAUCUUGGCCAGGAAGAGGCGCCGAGGGAUCAUCGAGAAGCGCCGCCGCGACCGCAUCAACAACAGCCUGUCCGAGCUGAGGAGGCUGGUGCCCAGCGCCUUUGAGAAGCAGGGAUCAGCCAAGCUGGAAAAAGCAGAGAUUCUGCAGAUGACUGUCGAUCACCUGAAAAUGCUGCAUACAGCGGGAGGGAAAGGUUAUUUUGAUGCUCACGCUUUGGCUAUGGACUACCGGAGUCUAGGGUUUCGAGAGUGCCUGGCUGAAGUUGCUCGAUACCUGAGCAUCAUAGAGGGUCUGGAUGCCUCUGAUCCUCUGCGAGUUCGACUCGUGUCCCAUCUCAACAACUACGCCUCUCAGCGGGAAGCAGCGAGUAGUGCUCACACUGGCAUUGGACACAUUCCUUGGGGCAGUGCCUUUGGACAUCACCCUCACAUACCUCACCCGUUGCUGCUGGCUCAAAAUGGGCAUGGUAAUACCAGUACUACAGCAUCUUCCACAGAGCCACAUCACCAGACCAGAAUUGCUGCCCCACAUGCUGAGACUUCCUCACUCAGAGUGCCCCCAAAUGGCAGCGUCGGACCAGUGCUCCCUGUGGUCACAUCUACUACCAAACUGUCUCCUCCUCUUCUCUCCUCCAUGGCAUCUUUGUCUGCGUUCCCCUUCUCGUUUGGCUCCUUUCAUCUGCUGUCCCCCAACGUGCUGAGCCCAUCUACACCAACGCAGUCAGCAACGCUCAGCAAACCCUACAGACCCUGGGGGACUGAGAUUGGCGCCUUCUAAGAACUGACUCUUUAGCAAGGGUGGGAAAGCCUAUAAACCUAGCUGAGCUGGGUUAUGCCACCCUUAAAGUUGAAGUUCUUAGUUACUGGGACAAAGGUACAGCUUCACCUUAACUGAGUUUGUCUAAAAACUGUCUCGUUGGAUUUUUCUUUUUGUUUUCUACAUUUUUGUAUUAACAGGUUGUUUUUUUUUGGUUUUUUUUUUUUUUUUUUUUUUGGUAGUUGCUGAUGUUGUCCAAAAAUAAAAUUACAGUAGUGGUUUGUUAACACUUGUGUUAGAUCUCUGCUGAGCAUUUAAGUCACUUUUGUAAACAGUUUGUUUCAAAUGUUUCAUUUUUCCUGAGUACAUCAGACUGGCUUUUUAUGAAGAAAUACCACCUAUUAUUGUUAGCGAUGGCCUAGUUUUGUUACUAAUUUUUCCAAGACCAUUCUUCUCAGCAUUUACAAGCUGUGUUUUUGUUAGUAUUUUGACACUGAGAUGUUCUAUAAAGAAUUACUCUUUUGUAAACUA